AUGGUGCUGAUGGGGAAGAAGAAAAAGUUGAAGACAGAGACAGUGCAGACAUCGCAGAAGUCCAGCUCUAGACCAAGACCAGGCAGUGGACAGGGGAGACCCCCCGCCAGGUCCGGACGGGUACGGAGAGGGAAGGACCCUCAGGCUGAGGGCGGACCGCCCCGAGUGGGAGUCAGGCCGACCCGCACCAAGAAAGCACGCUGCCACAGUGAGGACUAUGUCUGGGACAGCAACACAGACUUUACUGACCUAGAAGAGGAGGAGGAGGAGGAGAAGAAGAAGAAAGUAUGGAGCCCGAGUCAAUCUUCAUCAACAGGUUACUGUUUCCACGUGGUUUGUCUCACUGCUGAUCGUGUUGUGCCUCACCUUGUGUUUGUGAUCAAAGUGUCAGCCCGAGAGUCCGACUGCGGGGAAGAGACUGAAGAAGAGACUGAAGAAGAGACUGAAGAAGAGACUGAAGAAGAGACUGAAGAAGAGACUGAAGAAGAGACUGAAGACGAGACUGAAGAAGAGACUGAAGAAGAGACUGAGGAAGAGGACGAAGAGAACAGUUUUAGAUCUGUCACUCCUUCUGACUUUGAAAUGGACGAGGAAUGGAAAAUAGAAGAACCAGAGAUGGAAAUAAUAGAACCAGAGGCACCUUUCAAACUGGAGGGUUGUGGCGUCCAUGAAGAAUGGCGAGCAGAGGACUGGCAGCCGCGGCACAUCCCCUUCACCGCCUUUCCAGGACCUCGAGUGUGA